CCCGCACCAUGCUUUCUGCCAGUCUGCUGACUUCCCGGUUUUCGUCUAUACCCUCCGACGAUCUCUCAUCCAUUCCCCAAAUUCAACCACGAUCUAUACAAAUCAAAACCCUAGCCACCAAAGAAUCAAAUCACUAAAUUCUCGUAGUUGAACCACUCAUUAAUACGAUUACAAGGAUGGAGCAUCAGUCGUUCCACAAUCUCUUCGAACGUCGCCCCUUCAUCAAGUCCAAAACUCCUGCUGUAAAGUGGUUCAAAGAAUGGGUACCACAGGAUGUUGUAGCAACAGGUGGCAAAUGCUAUGUUUUGAAAUGGGUCACAGAGGCCCAAAUGAACGCCAUGAAAGAGAAACCAGUUGACUCAGAAGCUGUAGAACCUGAACCAGAACCAACUACUGAAGUUCUUUUUCUCUGCAGCUAUGAGGGCUGUGGGAAAACAUUCAUCGAUGCUGGAGCUUUAAGAAAACAUUCUCAUGUUCAUGGAGAAAGACAGUUUGUUUGCCAUUAUGAGAAUUGUGGAAAGAAAUUUUUGGAUAGCUCAAAGUUAAAGAGACAUUUUCUUAUACAUACAGGCGAACGAGAUUUUAUUUGUCCACAUGAAGGUUGUGGUAAGGCUUUCUCAUUGGAUUUCAACUUAAGAUCACACAUGAAAACUCAUUCUCAAGAAAACUAUCAUAUUUGCCCUUAUCAAGAAUGUGGCAAAAGAUAUGCUCAUGAAUACAAACUAAAGAAUCACAUUAUGUCUCACCAUGAAAAGGGGCCAAAUCCUAUGUAUGACCUUCCAAGACCCUGGAUGAAGGGAAACAAUACUAACAUGGUUGAAGUGCCGCCACCACCGCCGCCAAAGUACGUCCAACCGCCGCCAAAGCCGCCGAAGGCGGCGGCAGCCGCCACUUACGCCACCGCGUCCUCUGAUCGGCCGUACGCGUGUCCGUAUGAAGGAUGCGAAAAGGCUUACAUACAUGAAUAUAAACUCAACCUUCAUUUAAGACGAGAGCAUCCGGGACAUUUCCCUGAAGAAAAUCCCAAUUCCAAUUCCAUUCCGAAGAACGGCCGGAAUAGAAUCAGCGAUGCCGACAUGGAUGCCGGAAGCGAUCAUGACGGGUAUGCUUUGAAACGUGGGAAUGUGAAUGUCAAGUCUCAGAAACAGAAUCGGGCGAAACUGAAUGUGAAGGUUCCUCCGGCGAAGGCGGUGAAGCGGAAACCGGCGGCGGCGGUGGUGGUGAAGAAGCAGCCGUGGCCGGUGGCGAAGGAUGUCCAGGUGGAGGAGGAAGAAGACAGUGAAGAGACUGAAGAAGAUCGGGAUGAUGGUGAGGAUGGGUGGAGGUAUGGUGGUAGUGGUGGUGGUGGUGGUGAUAAUGAUGAUGAUGAUGAAGAGACUGAAGAUGAAGAUUAAGAUUUAGAUUUGGU